AUGAGUCCGAGCCUCCAGUCCACCUCUGAGGCAUGGAAGACUCAUGACGACUUUCGACAAGAGUGUCCGUGGCUGACGGGAGAGACGUUCUCAGAAGUCACGGAUGUCCUCCUGGAAAAUCCGAACCUCAACUCGACCCACCUUUUCCGGGCAGACAUCUUGUACGACAGCGCGAAGAUCUUGCAGACGACCUCAGAAAAGGAGAAACGAUGCCGGUACCUGGCGGAAAACAACGGCGGAGGACAGAGCGAUUCAGUUUGCCAGGACGGCGACGGACGGGACAAGGCCCCGGGACUCAAAGGUGCAACUCUCGUGAGACAGAUAUACAGGAGACUUAUCCCUCGCAAACCUCGACUUGACCGCCCGCUGGGGCAGUGGUGCUAUGUAUAUGAGCUGUCCAAGACGGCAAAUGUCGACGGCGGCCACGUGGUGAUAUACGCGCCGGACGUCGACAGCGAGGCCGACAUGCCUUGGUAUCAUCCUUCGGUCAAAUCGUUGGCGUACGUGUUCGAGCAAACGACCGACGCGACCACCCUCUCCGUGCACUAUUUCCCAUUUGCUCACUCGGACGACACACCGCCCACUAGACUCCAUCGCACGAUGAUUUCGCUCCUCACGACCUUCGUCAGACUAGCAAAGAACAACCCCAAACUCAAGCCAAAGCACGACGGCGACGAUCGUCAGAACAGACAUACACCUGCAGUCAAUCUCUCCACCGCACCGUCGGCGCUCAAAGACACGAUUCUCCCGCAACACAUCGUCCAAGACACGUACACUCGCUUGAAGCAGCAGUAUGGCUCGGACCUCAUAGCGCGAUGGGUUGAAAAGACGGAGCCUUCAAAGCACGUUUUUGAGGACUUGUCCAUCGCGGCAUUCGUUAUCGAGCUCUGGAAGCAGAUGUACGCGCCCGACGCAUUCCCCGGAUUCGUCGACAUAGCCUGCGGCAACGGCGUGCUCACCUACAUCCUCAUCAAGGAGGGUUACAGCGGCCACGGCUUCGACGCUCGCCGACGCAAGUCCUGGGAUGCCCUGGAAAUGACUGGCCAUCUGUACGAAAUGAUCUGCGUGCCGAAACCGUUCCUGGACGCCACGAGUGCUAUCGAUAAUCUACAUGCCAACAUCAACGUUCACGACGGUCUGUUCAAGCCAGGAACGUUCAUCAUCUCGAACCACGCCGACGAACUCACGCCAUGGACUCCGAUCCUCGCCGCGCUCUCGUGCCCGGAAAGUCCAUUACCAUUUCUCUCCAUUCCCUGUUGUUCGCACGCCCUGAGCGGUGCCAAGCAUCGCUAUUCGCCCAAGGAUGUCAGCCGAUCACAUCCACAUACAACCAGCGUCAACGACAAAGAAGAGCAACCUGCCUCGGGAGACCUGAAGGCUCUCCGUGAAGCCAAGGCAAAGGAAGCGGCUCACAGCGACGACAAGUCCAUGUAUGCGUGUCUGACGCGCAAAGUGGUUGCCCUUGCCGACGAAGUCGGCUUCGACGUCGAGUUGACGCUCAUGCGAAUCCCGAGCACAAGAAAUAUUGGCAUUGUAGGAAACAGGAAAAAGGCUACAACUCGCCGUAGAAACGAUCUGGAGCUGCAGACGGCGAACUUAUCCAUCGACGACGACGUAAAGACCGUUAACGAUAAAAUUCGGGAGCUGGUCGAACGCGAAUGCACAAUGUCAGGAGGCAUUCACCAAGCAGCUACUUUGUGGCUGCAGCGAGCGCAAAGGCUCCAAACAGGCGUCUGCCGAGGGGAAACGUGCUCUUUCGGCAGGGCGUAG